AUGGCCUGGAUGCGCGAUAUCCGAUCCGGACAUGAGAGAUUGCCACUCUCGUCGACAAAGAAAAACCAUGCUAUAAUAAUUCACACGAAGCGACAAAUCGGACAAGUAAUUCGUUCCUUUUGGACGAACCCGGUGGAACGCGAAAAAUUCUACUCAGCGAUUCGCAAACCGACCACUCCAAAGCGAGUUUUUGGGGCUGAGCGUAUCACAUAUCGACCAAUUGGAGUCCCAGUUUGGAAACGAAUCUCUAAUCAUCUAAUCUACGAUUUUCCACCCGAUAACGAUGGUUUGCCCGAUUCGAUUUAUCGAGGAGACUUAUCCAGUUAUCCGUCAGAUGCAUUGAAUUCACAUUCACCUUAUGGGCCAACGAUGGACACUGAAUCUGAUGAGGAUGAAACAUUUCGAGAGUUCUUUGAAGAUUACCACCUUCACCACUUCUCCACAUUUCUCAAGAACGGUGAUGAGCAUUUUGCUGAAAACGUGAUAAGUUGCGCAAAUUACCCGAAGAAUGAUCUUCUUUAUGGGGUAUUUCGAAUUAAGCAAGCCUAUGUAAAUCGCGGCGUUGGUUUUGCGUUACCACCACCAGAGCUCUGCGGAAAUGACAAACGACCCAAGAAGCUUUUCAGAAUUGAUGCACAAAUCACAUCUGGGCAAUCAUUUCUUCACACGUUAAAGGCCAUUGCUGAUGGCAUUACGAAAAACGAGACGAUAAAAGGCAAUCCGAUGAUUUCCUUCACGAAACCAAAAAGAGAUGGAUUUGUUCACCCGAUUGGAGCGUUUAUGGCCUAUGGGAUACAUGAGAAAUACGAUAUAGAGGAAAAUGCUGUCUCUGACUAUGCUCGAAUGCAAAAUGGAAAUAUGUUCUUUGCUUUUCGAGGUUCUCAAGAAAAUGAUCGCUUUGCUUAUUCACAUGCCACUUUUUUAUGGACCGCGGAAGAAACGGUACUGGUUGGAGACAAGAAAGUCACAAAACAGAUUCCGCUUCCAUUCAUCUACAACGUUGACUUCUUACUACACGAAAAGGAUCAAAUGAAUUCGGAACCGAUAACCAGUGAUGAGAUUUUGGAUAUAAUGAAUCAUAAACCGAAACAGAUGUCUCUUGGCGGUAUUCGUUUGGAGUUAAAAUGGGAUUCGUGGUCUUGUUGUAGUGCUUGUUGUUGUGACGAGCUGGAUUGUGGGAAUUGGCAUGCUACAAAUUGUCACGAUGUCGAGAGCUAUCGAACUCGUCGGGGACUUUACCAUUUUACAAAAGUAAAUGACGCAGAGUUGAGGAAAAAUGACUCCGAAAGAGUUGCCGAUUUAUUCGAUGUAAAACCAUACAAAACAACAGGAAUUCCUGUGGCUUCAUCGAUUUGGAAACUAUUCAAGUUAUCGACAGAAGAAAUGUCGUUUGUGUGGAAACAAGUUUUUGAGAUGGCCGACUGUGCAAAGGAUAAUCAAAAGAAAAAUUGUACGGCGUGGGACAUUUGCCAUGGAAUCGAUCGUAAAAAUAUUCCAAGGGUGCAAAACGAUGUAAUCGACCCAUGUAGUGGACUCGAGAUUAAGGAGUUUAAAGCGAACGCGAAGAAAAGGGAGCUCAUUGUUGAAGAGGGUGCCGUCUACAGAAUUGUUAUUGAUUUUGAUCACUACGAGCAAGAACCAAUGGAAGUAUCUUGGACGAGAGCCGCUCAAAAAGUGAACGAUAUGGAAAUUGAUGAUUCGUGUGAGGAAAUACAAACACUUUAUCGACAUCCAAAUAAGCGAGAUUUGCUUGUGCCUUCUAUGCUUCACCUAAAGGAAAGCAUUUUUGUGGAUGCUCGAUGGGGAGUGAAAAAUGACCUUCAAGUGUUGAUAACGUUGAAGAAAGUCCCUAAAGAGCCAGAGUCACCAGUGCUGAAGAUCGUUUUGAUUGUUGGUAUCAUCCUCGGAUAUUUAUUUCUCAUCAUCGUUUUUUGCUUACUGAGUUGCAUUACGGAAAUUUUCUGGCUAGUCGUCUUGCAAAUCAGUGCUGAAGAUUUGUGGAGGAGAGAUCUGUUCCUUGGGAGAAGCUCGUCUACCGACAAUGAGCAAACGCAUGGAGUCAGUGGGAUUGCUAUGAAUCGACAAGGCACCCCAUUCACCAUUCAUGCACCCGACCCGAGUGCUUUCCUCGGAUUUGUCUCACCAAAUCGUUUACCCGCUUCACCCUUGGCAGCUACAAUGGAGACAUCGUUUGGUAUUCGAUCGACUCCAUUAACCAGCGUCCAAUCACCCGAUGAGCCCAUUCCUAGCUAUAUGCCUCAAUACAAUGAUCUCAGCCCGUUCAACCCAUUGAAUAGAGGCCCAUUUUUUGCUUUCCACGGACGUGCCUCGCCCACUUCUUUAGAGUGGCUCACAAAGCACUUGAAGUUU